UCGUGAAGCAGAAAGUGACUCAUUUGGAAUACAUGACAUCAGUCCACAUGUGACGGUCUAAAGUUUCACACUCUGAGGCUUUCACAGAUCAAAACGCCUACAUGUUCGGUAAGAAGCGAUAACAUCUUACAACCUGAUUUUCUGAUAAGGUUCUUCACUAACUACAGACUGUUUUCUGUUGAUACUGAAGAUUUUCAGCAAAUGAUAAAAAAUGAAACAAGCUGCAAACACGCUGCAAAAAGGAUGUGGUCUGACGUGUAGAUCAGAUAAAAGAUGAUUGGCCUCUGAUUAAAGCAAAGGGCAGUCCAUGUAUAAAUAUCUGUCAGACAGAGACUCUCUGAAGCUUAAGUGUGAUUUCCUGACACCAUGAAGGCUCUGGGACAGUUUCUGCUUUUCCACGCUCUGAUUUGUGCUGCAUCACAUGUUCAAGGAAGUGUCAUCAUCAAUGGGAAACUUGCUCCAGAAGGUUCCAUGCAGUUCAUGGUGUCCGUCCAGAACAAAAACGGUCACGUGUGUGGAGGCUUCCUCAUCAGCGAGGACUUUGUGGUCACGGCUGCUCACUGUGACAAAGGUUUGAAGCACGUCAUUCUGGGAGGACACAACUGGAAGAACAGCAAUGCCAAGAAAAUUAAAAUAAGCAACCAAUGCAAGCACAGAGCUUACAGUGAUGUUGGAAAUGGUUAUGACAUAAUGCUCCUUAAAUUGGCCGAAAAUGCUACCAUGGGAGAGAACAUUAAAACAAUUCCACUGGCAGAAAAGAACAUGAACUUGAGAUACAAUCAGGAGUGCUCUGUGGCUGGAUGGGGGAAGACGGAGAGAACUGACGUCUCUGUGGAUGACCUGAGGGUGGUGAAUGUGUCCAUCAUAGAUCACAAUGACUGCCAGAAGAUCUGGGGCGGCCUUCUCCCCAAUAUGAUCUGUGCAGGUGGAAAGUAUACAGACAAAGGAUUCUGUCAGGGGGAUUCUGGUGGUCCUCUGGUGUGCAACGGCAAAGCUGUUGGCAUUGUCUCUUUUAACAAAAACUACAACUGCAAAUACCCUGAUGUGCCCAACGUCUACACGGACAUCAGAGAAUAUAUUCAGUGGAUCAAUAACAUCAUCAUGAAGAAAACGUGCCCAAUGUGAACCUUUGAAACAAAGUUUAACUCUAGCAGAGGCGGUUUUUCUGGUGUCAUUUAAAAUAAUCCAAAUUUUUGAUUAACUAUUAACCAUUACUAUUAACCAGUAAAAACAUGAUUUUACUGUUUGUAAGUCAUUCCAAGUAUCAGCUGUUUGAUGUACUAAAGAUUUCUAACAGUUGUAGACAUGGAGUCCACAUUUAAAAAGAUUGAAAAUGAAGAUGCACAAAGCCUGACCUUUCUUUUUAACUGUUCAAGAGGAAAAAACGUCCUGCAGAAAACAAAACCGUUUUUUUUUUCAAACCCUAACCGGAUUCGGAACCACUGUCAUCUGGGAUGCAAUGGAACCACGGCUGCUACAAAGGUUUUCUUUCUUUUUUUCAGUAGAACGUCCUGGUUCUUAAUGAUGUCCCACAAGUUUCUCUUUGGCCUUUCUGGAAAUAUUCAGGAAAAUCUGCAGGAACACAUUUGUAAAACAGCCUCAUGUCAAUAAAACUGUAGACAAAAUGA